GUAAGUUGCAACCAUCAACUGAAAUAGGAAGCGUUCUCAGAGCAAGUGGCAGCAUACGGUCGUUUCCUCCUUAAUACCUUUUCACUCAUUACCGGAACAUCCUACUGCUGAGAUAAACACUGUCUCAUUUAGAGAAUACAGACGAUGGAGGGAACUCUGCUGCGAGUGUUUCUGGUGGCUGCAGGUCUUCUUCUGUGUCCCAGGGACAAUCCUGGGGUGGAGGAAUGGGAUGAUGCAGUCAACAUUGAUUUGCAAAGGCACAACGACAUGCAGCUGAAAGGAGAAGGGAAACUAGAUCAAACAUCAUCAGAGAGCUCCAAACUAACAGGGCCUGUUGGUGAUAUAAAUAACAAUUCUGAGACACGGAAUCAGUCUGAGCAACAUGAAACAGAUAAAACGUUGGACUCAGAUGUCGCUGUUGGUGAAAAAGACACAAAAAGUGACAGUUUUAAUAAUAAAAUACAGCAGGGAGACAUUAAAAGUAAAUCUGAUACCAUCCAGCCCUCUGAAGACAUUAACAGCCAUGAAGAAGGAGAAGAUAUAUCAGAGCAAGACAGUCUGCAUGAACGUGAUGUGAAGCCAGAAGAAGCGAUGACUGGCUCAAAAGAAGAAGAAUCACCUGCUUCAAAUCUCUACAGCAAAACAGAAAAUGAAACCUCAGAAAAGGAUUUUGCCGAAUGGGAGAGUGAUUAUCUGUGGUACAUCUGGAACACAUUCUCCAUCAUUUCUGUUAUGCGCUUCUUUCGGAAAUACCUGCAGAGAAAUGUCCAAACAGAUCUGGAAGGGACCAGGAUCUACCCCUGCAGACCUUCUAAAGUACCACUGCCUGAUGUUGAAACUUUGCAGAACUUCUAUGUUAAAUUUGUUCAGGCCUCCACUGAGAAAAUGUUGAUGGAAAAGGACUUUUUAGAAGGAUUUGCACAUGACCUCUUCGAAGCCAUGAGGAGCAUUUGUGACAAUGAUGGCAGUAUGGGAAUUGAGGACUUUAAGACGAUUAAUGAGCAUGACAUCAUUGUUUAUUUCACUCCACUGGAUCCAUAUAGCUUCUGCUGUGCGCUCAGGAAUAACCUUGUGAGUGACCCCCUUUUUGACAUGCAAGUCUGUGGUCAAAUAAAACUGCUAAAAAAAGAGAAAAUCCUAAAUGGCUGCCCCUGCCAGUCCGCCAACGCAGAUGACAUGGUUUGCUUGUUACACUCUGAGAGUGACAAAGUAAAAACCAAAUUGACAGAUGCUUUUGAUGGACCUCUGUGCUCUAAGAACACUCCUUUCCUCUCACAGACGAAGGUCACCAGGUGGUUUCAGGCCACAAUCAAACAAGCCUGGGCACAGAUCUCACAUAAAUAUGAGUUUGAGCUCAGCAUCCGAUAUGUCGAGGCUCCCGGCGCUCUGGUGAUUCGGUUUAGGUCGGGGAGGAAGAUUUACUUCAGUUUGAAACCAGUGGUCAAUUUCAACAAUGAAGCUCAUUUUUGCAUCAUGCCCUGGUCCUCCAGUAAAGGGGAUACUUUUUGGCCACUCUCUCUAUAUAUCUACGAAGACCGCCUCCUGGAACAUCUCGCUAAGGGACUCCCUGUAAACUCCUGUCAUAAUCAAACCCUUGAAAUUGCCUUCUUCCUUCAUAGGAGACAGAAAGUACUGACAGGAAAGACUGCCCUGAAGGACUUCCACUUCAAAACUGCAUUGAUACACCUUCUGUUGACCAAAAAACCAUCACAGUGGCAACCAAACUUUGCUACUUGUAGGCUGCAAGACCUGCUGAGCCUUGUGGAAGAAAGUCUUAAGAGGAAGCACCUGCCCCAAGUUCUGAUUGGCAACCCUUUGGCUCAGGUGAUAGAAUUGCCAAAAGAAAUCUCCAAAGCAAAGCCAGUGAACCUGUUUCAUCUCUUCAAGGAGGAUGACUGUGCGUAUAAAAAUGCUGUCAUGCAUUUUCAGGAGAUGAUUAAAAAUGCACACAUGCUUAUACAUGAAUACGUUGCACAACCUACAAGCAGCACCAAAUCCAUUUAAAAUGUUGUGCAGUUAGUCCAUCAAUCUUCUUCCACUUCAUCUCCAGUAUUCUAUGGUCAAAAUAAUGGGAACACAUUGGAGAGGUUGCUACUCCAUUGUUGGGCCAAACAGAGAUACAAAGCAAAUUUGACAGAAAGGCCAGUCUGAAAUUUGAGGAUAUUUCGCUUCUCAUCCAGGAAGCGUUUUCAAUUCAAAAUGUCAGGAAUGGGAUGUCAGGAUGGGAAGCGAAACAUCUUCAAACUUGGAAACCAAGUAUAGUGGAUUUUUUUUUUUGGAAUGCCUAUGACUUUGAUGACUGAGAACCUCCACCAGCAUAGGUGGUGCAACAUUUAUCCCGUAGUUCAUACAAACAUUUUUGUAAGACAAUCUAUCUCAGUUUUGAAAAACAAACACAAACUGUUUAGUAGCAUGCAGCCUGUUGCUGAUUUAUGCUCAAUAACAGCUGAAGCUCUCUCCUGGAAAACAAAGACACUCAUACUAAAUUUCAGGACCAUCUUGGAGUCACCACUGAGGAAUUUGGAUUGUGCUGUCAGACUUCCACUUUUGUCAUUUGUCUCAAACAAACAAAUUCAUUUUAAUCAAUAUAAAUACUCUUGAUAACGAAAGACUGUCUGUCGUUGAGUCUGUGCCUCGGUGGGCUGAAAC